UAAAGCUUUUUGGUCCUAAUGUAAGGUUAGACAUAAAGUUGGCAGUGAGGCUAUAGUUAGGGUUAAGGGAUUAGGGUUAGAUUAAAAUCAGAUUUUAAGAGGAGGAAUUGUAGAAACGGGCGGGGUUUAUGACUUUGUGUCUCUGGUAAAUCGUGACGACUGUCGGCGACUGCUGCGUUUUUGCCGCUAGUCGCCUCCUGUACUUCAGUGGUCGCCACAGACACAACAGCGUGCGACGUCGGGGGGCAUGCCAAAUACUUUCAGCGGUGAAGUUAAGCGUGUUAAUGAGACAACCGGGAGUUUGGAGUACAGGAACUGUUGUAUCCUAAUCGGGAUUUUGUCUUUUUGAAUCAUAAAAGCAAAGGGCACAAAAUUUAAGGUGCAUCCGCGUACCAACUAGUUCUGAUAAUUGACAACCACUCUCCAGUGAGUGACCUAGCGCUUGUGGAAAUGGCAGCUCCCCGGCCAAUAAAAGGUAUUCUGAAGAACAAGAACAGCGGGUCGGGCAUCAAAGUGGGCCCAGCCGAAGAAGUGCCAGUAGAGACUCCAGAACAAGGCGAUCCUGGACUUCUGGAAGAUGACCAACAGAAGAAGUCACAGAAAUGGGACGAGAUGAACAUCCUGGCCACGUACCACCCGGCAGACAAGGACUAUGGGUUGAUGAAGAUCGACGAGCCCAGCACGCCCUACAACAGGAUGGUGGGGGACGAGGAUGAUGAAGGGGCGCACAGCGACUCAGAGGUCAACUUGCCCACUGUGGGUGACCUGGCCUCCAAGUUGACGGCAGCAGAAGGAACAGAACCUCGCUUCAUGAGGGAGGAAGAGGAGAGCAGUGAGGAAGAGGAUGAACUAACCCCAGAGGCUCAAGCGAAAAAAAAGCAGUUUGAAAUGAUGAGGAAGAUGCAUUACAACGAGGGCCUCAGCAUCAGGAUGGCCCGACAACUCAUAGCCAACGAACAGGCGGAAGAAGAGGAUGAGGACGAGGAGAUGAAGGAGGACAUGGAAACAGAGGACUUUAUUGUAGAUCCCCCGCAUGACGGGGUGGUACCGGGAAUCGAACCCACAACCCUGCCGGUGCAUGCGCCAUGCUCUACCAACUGAGACAUACAGGACCACAGGAAGCACUGACUCAGGAUUCCUAGAGGAGGACACGCCACCUCUCCUGUCCCCAGCCUGUGUGUUUCGGCUCUCAUAAAACAUUCAAAAGAGACACUUUGCUACAUGUGCCGGGCCAUAGAGCAGACCGCUUCAUAACCUCACCUCGAACCCCCCCAAGCGUGUGUAUAUUUCCCAGAAACACUGCAAUGCAAAGCAUAUCGACCCUGCCGGUCACUCUCGAAAAGUCCCUCUCGAAAAGUUGCUGUCACUUCAAAGGAAACCAGACCUAUAGGAUCCGAGACCUAAAGACUGUUAUAACAGACUGUUAUUAUCAGUGAGGACUCCUGCCUCACUCCUUGCUCAAUCACUCACCUGCUCGCUCGCUAGCUGCAGUCUCUGUCUUUCCUUGUCCGACUGUCCUGGCUCCUCCUGAGCCCCUGGCAAAAGCUGUCUGAAACCCCACUUCCUAAAAAAGCAGCAGCACCCAUUGGAUGGAAGUGGUGGAUAAUUAUGAUGAUGAUGGUGGAUUUUUGUCUCUUUUUUUUUUUUUUGUCUUUCGUUUCCCCUGUACCCGUACCUGUUUUUUAUUUAAUUUUAAUUUGAACGAACUACCAACAUAACCGUCGUUGAAGAAACCUUGGUGAGAGAGCUUCUGUCCUGGGUUUUUGUCUCAGUCUUCUCCUCCGUUCCCCUGAUCUUGAAUGUAGGUUUGUCUGGUAUGGAUAUAGGAACAGCAAACUUAACAUUUACAACCAGCCCGCAAGGCACCUCGAUGUCCAAGGUGACCAGCAUUUCAGUCCUACAUAAUAUAUACACGCCCACUAUAGGAUAUUUGGUACAGAACAUACAUGUCCACUGACGAAUGGGAAAAGAUAUGUUUCCAACAAGGUACCAUCAUCUUAAUAGGGUGGCUAAAUGUACUGUAAUUGAAAGCAAAACCAAUUUAUUCUCAUGCAAUAAAAUGACCAUUUUAUUAUGGAUUGCGUUGUGAUAAGUAACCAUAAAACAGCGUAAUAAUAACGUCAUUUCUCACAGGACAUCUGCAUAUUAAAAUGGAGAUGUCCAGGCUUGCCGUUAUACCAAUGGGACGCAGCUGUAUUGUGCAUGGCUACUAAAGCCUUGUGCUUAUCAGCACUCAUGCCAUGUUCGCUCACGAAGAUAAUAAGAAGGACAACAUUUGGGAAAGGAAGCUCCCAGAGAAGGGUUUGUACUACUGAUAAGCAGGGGUGUAUUCACUAGUAACCAAACGGGCCAAAACAGCGAGGGACUGACUUGCAUUUUAAGAAAUGCUUGUUUUCAUUGCAAAACAUUUUGCUACAGUGUACACUAAGGAAAAUACUCCAGGACUGUUUCCUGUACAAUGUCAAUAAUACUACUUACCAUCCUGCAGUAGGACUUUUGGGGGUUUAUGGGUUGAUUGGCUGCAUGAAUGGAAAGAUUUCUGGUAUGUAGUUGAUAUUAUGUUCACUCUUACAUUCUGUAAGAAAGGUAUGAUAUUGUGAGGUCGUUGAUUUGGAUCAAUUUACCCCCUUUUUAGUUUUUGCUUCCCGUUACCUUUUGUAAUCUGCUAGCUAGCUUGGCGGACAAAAUGAGUGAUAUCUGGGCAACCAAGACAGUUGGUUACUGUUUAUUUAUUGCCUCUAUGAUAUUUACAUCAUGGCACAUCAAUCUACAUGAACCUCUGAGAACCACUGUCCUCCAGUGAUAAAUGAAGUCUUAAACAUUGAGUUUUGAUGUCCUCUUCCUGAAUGAGCACAUUUACAAAACAUUUUUUUUGUUUUAUCAGGGCAUGUAGAGAUGGUUUAUUUCUUCUCAGAACUAGACUACCAAGCCCUUUUAAUUCUGGGGACUGAAUGACCAUAUAAGCUAGGUGUCCAUCCAUUGGAUUCUGUCCUCACGAUUUCAAAAGCAGUGCUGGAUUCCUUUUGAAAAUUACAGCAUCACAUCCACAGGAAACACUGAUUGAAACACUGACUGUUCCCACUAUCCUCCUUGCUCUUUGUUUUGUAUCUACUAUUAUCCAAAUAAUAAGGCAAGGCACAUAGGAGGAAAACAAACAAAGUCAUUAACACUUAAGAGUUAUUACUAUGAAGAUUUUCUUUUCUUUUUUCAGGACUUAAGACAAAAGGAUGAGGUUGUCUGUGAAUCAACUUGUAUAACAUUAACCCGGGGUGGUUAUUACAAGGCAAAUGUGCCUAUAUGAUGUAUUUAUGUGUAUUGUGAAUGAAUAGGCUAUGCUCAUGUUCUUCCCUGUGCAGUUCAAGGCUUGGAUUCUACUGGCUACUUGUUGUCUUGCUUCUAUUCCACCAUAUUUUCUUUCUUUACGUUGGACAGUGGACUAACAUUCUGUCUCGUGAUAAUUUGUCUGUCCCCAAAUAAUGGACUUUUGAUUUUUUUUUUUUUUUUGUAUCUUUAAAUUUGCAGGUUCUUAAACAUAAGGAUGUGUGUAUUUUUGUCUCCCAUAAUUAAAAGAUGCUGUUUAUGAAGCGUCUGCUUAUGA